CAAAAACAUGUAAAGGUCCAUCCAAAAAGGAUGCCCAAAAAUCAAAGCCUAGACCAUAAACUCACUGCCCAUCUCCUCACAAGAAAAUAUUGAAAUCUACCGUAGUCUUCUCACUUCCCCAAGACCUAAAAGAAUUAAAUGCAGCAGCUGGAAUACCCACCGACCCUCUCCCCCCAAAGCCAAAUCUCGCCCCCCUAAUUCCCUUCCCUCUCCCUCAACAAAUGGCUAAAUCCCUUCCUUCUCCUCCUAUUCUUCCUCCGUCCUCCUUCUCCCAAUGUCCACCCCAACCACAACCAGCACAAACUACCUCACCAACAUUGGCCUCGGCUACGCCAUCGCUAUCGCUCUCGGCUUCCUCGUCCUCCUCUCGACUCUCCUCCUUGCCUCAUACCUUUGCUGUCGCUCCUAUCGGUCUUCCAAUAACCCCAUCAACAACGGCAGAAACAACAGUCAUAACGCCAACCCCAGUGACGGUAUCAUCCUUCCCCGCAUAAUCUUCGUCGCCGAGGAUGAAGACGGAGAGACGCUUGAUGAGAACGUCGCCGUCGGGCUCGACCAGAGCGUCAUCAACUCGUACCCCAAGUUCCCGUACUACUGCAACGAUGGCAACAUGGGUACCUAUAGUACGACCUGUUCGAUCUGCCUGUGCGAGUACAAGGAUUCGGAAAUGCUCAGGAUGAUGCCCGAGUGUCGCCAUUACUUUCAUUUGUACUGCAUCGACCCCUGGUUGAAGCUCAAUGGAUCGUGCCCUGUUUGCCGGAACUCGCCGCUGCCGACCCCGCUGUCCACGCCGCUCUCGGAGGUCGUGCCACUCUCGCAGUACGCCGCGGAUCGGAGGUGGAGGAGAUUCUGUAAAUGCUGUUGUCGCUGUUCCUUAUGCUGAAAAGAACUCCGGGAAAUUCCGAAGUCCAGUAUAGUGCAGAGAUGCCAAAACCAAACAAUUUUAUGAAGUUAAAAGCGUGGAGAGGGCGGCUUCACAGGCCA